AGUUAACAUCAUGAUAAUCAAAUGGUGCGCCUAGUUGUCACCGAAAAAAUACGAUCGGCCAUUGAGCUGGCCUUGUUGGAAGAAGCACUGGAUACUUCGCUUGCAGAGAAGCUGAAGCCCUAUUCUCAGAGAUCGCGUAGUGAAAACCGGCCAGAUGCGGAAGAUCCUGAUACAAUAUCCCACGAGUUGCUUAACGAAGUCUCAAAAGCUCUGCUACACCAGAGAGCGGACGAUGAUAGACAGGACUUCUACUUUCACGAAUUGGUAAAGGGAAGUGAAGUCUACAUGGACAAACCUAAGCCGAGGGUCAAGAGUCCCGAGCUUAUUCAGCUACUGGACGCCAUUCGCGCAGAUCUUGCCAACAAGGAGUAUGCCGAGAUGGUUCGCGGUGUGUCCUUAAACCGAGAAGUUCAACCUUUAGUGCCUAUUGGCGGCGAGCUUCGGAAUGCUUUCCGGCAGAUUUCUUCCGUAAUCAAUGUGCUAUUCUCCAUAGCGGCUACCUUUGCAGCCGUCUUCUGGGUGUCAGGAACCGUUACUAGAGACGUUGGCAUGAGAACGCUCAUUGGUCUUUUCGGGGCACUGCUUGUGGCGAUAGCCGAGGGAUGGUUCUUUGCACGGGAUUGGCUGUUUGACGAACCGCCCAAUCCAUCCGCCAAGCAGACCCGGCAGCUGAAUCUGCCCAUUCAGCUGAAAGAGCCCUCGUACCCCAAUAGCUGAUAGGGACGCAGCCACUAUUUGUAUAUAUUCGAAGUUUGUCGCGCUCAAAUGUCAGAUUUAGCGACGAAUGUGACUAGAGUGCAAUUGAAUACCUUUUAAAUACAAAUGUACAUACAAAUAUCGAUAAUCUUCUGGAAG